CGACGGAUCAGUUUGUAUGCUCUUCAGUGCUGAAUUCAGGUACCUGGUCUCAAGCCUAUCGCAGUGGAGUCAGUAACAGCAAUAUCGCUCGUGGCAGCUUCCAUACCUGAUCAUAUUACGUCAUCGGCAAAUGUGAAGCCACCCCACCAUAGCUACAUCACUAGCCACCUGUCCUAACAGCCAUUGUCGAGUCACCAUUUCCGACCAGAAAAACAGACACAGCACAAACUAAACCCACAAAUCCAUCAUGGCAAGCAAAUCCAAAGCCCGCGUGACCUCAUUUACCGACCUGCCCUCUAGCGAGGCCAAAUGGGUCAAGCUGCAGAAAGUCGGCUACAUCGAUGCCAAAGGCGUGUCGCGCGUGUGGGAAGUCGCGUCGCGCAAGACACGUGGAAAAGCUGGCGUCGAUGCUGUCGCAAUGGGCAACAUAAUCUACCACCCCUCCAAGCCGCCCUCGACAAUUGUGGUCCUGCAGUUCCGGCCACCCGUGGAGGCAACAACGGUCGAAUGGCCCGCGGGCCUGAUCGAUGCAAAUGAGAAGCCCGAGGAAGCUGCUGUGCGGGAGUUGUACGAGGAGACAGGCUACCAGGGGAAGGUGGUCAGUACGAGUCCGGCUGUGGCUGCGGAUCCGGGCAUGACGAAUGCGAACAUGUGUUUGUGCAUGAUGGAGGUGCACUUGAAGGAGGGCGAGCCGGAGCCGGAGCAGCACUUGGACGAAGGGGAGGAUAUCUUGCGGGUUAAUGUGCCAUUGGCAGAGCUGUAUGAGCGAUUGGAGGGCUGGGCGAAGGAGGGGUACGUGAUUGCUGCGAAGCUGUACCAUUGGGCUGCUGGCGUGCAGUAUGCGAUGGAUCACCCUGAGUUGUUCAGGAAGAUCGAUCAGCCCGGUGCUGGUGCUUGACUGAAAAGCUGCUUGUAGUGCCAGCUUGAUACCUGUAGUCCCGGGAGGUAUCCGAUGUAAAUUUGUGCGAUGUCAAUGUUUCGAUAGACCUUGUGGAGAUGGCGAUCUCAUUGCAAAGGUACCAGGACUACGUGUACGCAAUGUGACAUCCGUGCAAUAAACCACACUGGCAAAGUUGAGCGAACGCAGUUGUGAGGUGAUCAUUGAAUUGAGUCCUGAGACCUCUAAACAUUAAGCGCCCUACGCUCUCACGUAUAUACUACAACACGAGCUUGUUGAAAAUAAUGGUAGCGAGCGAACCAGUCAUGAUCUACAGUUACGUCGUAUCCAACCAAGCCAAGACACUCCGCCAAUGGGUGCUUAAUGAUAUGUACAGUAAAGA